CAGCCCGCUGAGGCCGGAGAGCGCAGAGCCAUCUUCCACAGCGGAGACAGCGAGGAAACGGGGCACGGGAGGAAGGGAUCUGGGGGAGCCCGGCUCGGUUUGGUCGGCUUCUGAGACACACUGGGUGUAGAGCCAUCGGCAGGGAUCGCAGUGGGAGCAGACCGAGCCUGCGGAAACUGGGAGGCGAGGACCGAGCAAGCUGGUGGGAGACCUGGAGCGCAGGCGGCCACUCGGUGUUGUAGGGGAGAGACGAGAGGGCAUCUGUGGCAGCGCAAACUAAACACACAGCUGCUGGAGAGACAUAUUCGCCGGUGAACAAAUGUCAAGCGCGUAUUACACGACCGAUUAACUCGCUCCGCUGGCUAGCGAGGCUUUGUUGACUUGAACAUUGGGCGACAAUCACAAAAUCGCUGAAUAAAAACCAACUCGGGGUUUUUUUUUUUUUUGUUGGUUUUUUUUUUUUGUUUUUGUUUGUGGAGCAGCGACUUGUGUGUUCAGACCGGGGUCGGGGGAGCGAGCGUUUCCUCACAGAGCGAGUCGGUAUUAAAAACCUUGUUUGAAUACCGGUCGAGGCUUGUUUUCAAAGGGUUUAGGACGCGUUGUUUUAUUGAGUAAUGUCGGCUCACGUCGUGUCAACACGCAUUAUUCAAACGUGCCGACUAGCCUCCAAACUACUCCGCUAGCCGGCUAGCCGUUAGCCGAGCCGCUAGCUCACGCUAGCCGUCUCUCGUCCUCUCUCUUUUUUGCCUGAACUACAAUUUGCAAACGUCGAAGACCGGUGAUCUUAAUUAGAGGAAUUUGAUCGGUCGUUUCAGACCGGUCGGGUUUACAAAAAGAGUAGGUAAGUCCGUCGUUGGAGUAAGGGCCUGUUCUCGCCCUGUCUAGGUUAGCUAGCUUGGCUAGCUUUGCUAACCGAGGCGCUUUUGUGGGACACAAGCAGGGGAAGGAGAAAGUAGUUGUAAUGCAAGAAAAAAUAGUUAACUUUUGCCAAGUUUGCAAACAGCUGGACGUCUCCGAUUAAGUGCAUGAGCUAAUGUUUUUUCGCUAUUUCAGCCUUGCUAACUUAACGAAGGGCCAGCAGCUCCAAAAAAAAAACAAAAAACAAAACAAAAACCAAAAAACCCUUCGUGUGGAGUUUGGAGUGAACCUGCUCCCGGAGCCACUCGCACAUGAACGGGUGCCGUUAUACUUCUCUCAGCAGAAAUGGGGGGGAAAGGUAUUAUCUAGCUUAGUUGGACACGAAAAACCUUGCAUCUUUAAUGUUUGUCUUUUCACUUCGUCGCGAACUCACGGCCUAUUUGAUAAUUAAAGCCCUUUUAUAAAAAACAAAAAGUUUUAUAGUGUGAAUACAUUGCAAAACAUGGAUUGAUUGUGCGUGACGUUGCCUGAAGUGCACAUAUGACCGAUAUGAUCGGUGGUGAACGGGUGUCCUUUGAUGCACCGUACACGUUGUCAUCGUAAACUGCCACAGUGCGUCGAGAGCAAAAGCGAAGAAGGCUGCGAGCUUUGGAGAGAGUUAGGAGAGUUGCCGUGCUGUUUUGACCCUGUUCAGGUCCCCUCCCCCACCUGGUGCUGCCCCACUGGAGGUGUGCUUCGCCCAUGCAGGCUGGCUGCAACUCCCCUGUCAGCUGCCAGCCGUCCUCCCACAAGCCACAGUUCAUUCACUCCUUGUUGAAGUCCUCGGAUUUUCAUAGUUGCAAACUUCGCAUGUGAUGGAACUGAUGUUCGCCGAGUGGGAAGACGGAGAGAGGUUCUCCUUCGAAGACUCUGACCGUUUUGAAGAGGAUUCCCUUUGCUCGUUUAUAUCGGAGGCGGAGAGCCUCUGUCAGAACUGGAGAGGAUGGAGGAAACAGUCUGCUGGUCCGAAUUCACCCACAGUUAAGAUUAAAGAUGGACAGGUCAUCCCCCUGGUGGAGCUGUCUGCCAAGCAGGUGGCCUUCCACAUCCCAUUUGAGGUGGUGGAGAAGGUCUACCCUCCUGUCCCAGAGCAGCUGCAGCUACGCAUUGCCUACUGGAGCUUUCCUGAGAACGAGGAGGACAUCAGGCUCUACUCCUGCCUGGCCAAUGGGAGCCCCGACGAGUUCCAGCGCGGCGAGCAGCUCUAUCGCGUGCGGGCUGUGAAGGAUCCCCUGCAGAUAGGCUUCCAUCUGAGCGCCACCGUGGUGUCCCCCCAGGCUGGCCAGUCCAAGGGCGCCUACAACGUGGCCGUCAUGUUUGACCGCUGCAGAAUCACCUCCUGCAGCUGUACGUGUGGAGCAGGGGCCAAGUGGUGCGCCCACGUGGUGGCGCUCUGCCUCUUCCGCAUCCACAACGCGUCCGCUGUGUGUCUGCGGGCCCCGGUAUCGGAGUCGCUGUCCCGCCUCCAGAGGGACCAAUUGCAGAAGUUUGCACAGUACCUCAUCAGUGAGCUUCCGCAGCAGAUCUUGCCCACAGCCCAGCGCCUCUUGGAUGAGCUCCUGUCCUCUCAGUCCACGGCUAUUAACACAGUCUGUGGAGCUCCAGACCCCACAGCUGGGCCCUCGGCCUCCGACCAGAGCACAUGGUACCUGGACGAGUCCACCCUCAGUGACAACAUUAAGAAGACGCUGCACAAGUUCUGCGGGCCUUCGCCUGUUGUGUUCAGUGACGUGAAUUCCAUGUACCUGUCAUCCACGGAGCCCCCAGCCGCAGCGGAGUGGGCCUGCCUGCUGAGACCCCUGAGGGGCCGCGAGCCCGAGGGCAUCUGGAACCUGCUUUCCAUCGUCAGGGAGAUGUUCAAGAGGAGAGACAGUAAUGCGGCCCCGCUGCUGGAGAUCCUGACUGAACAGUGCCUCACCUAUGAGCAAAUCAUCGGUUGGUGGUACAGCGUGCGGACGUCGGCGUCUCACAGCAGCGCCAGCGGGCACACGGGCCGCAGCAACGGGCAGACGGAGGUGGCGGCGCACGCCUGUGCCAGCAUGUGCGACGAGAUGGUGGUGCUGUGGAGGUUGGCUGUGCUCGAUCCCACCGUGAGCCCACAACGGCGUCUGGAGCUUGCCGCCCAACUCAAGCAGUGGCACCUGAAGGUUAUCGAGAUUGUGAAGCGUGGGCAGCACCGCAAGUCCCUGGACAAGCUGUUCCAGGGCUUCAAGCCAGCAGUCGAGUCCUGCUACUUCAACUGGGAGGUGGCUUACCCCCUGCCCGGCAUUACAUACUGCAGCACAGACAAGAAGAGCGCCUCCUUCUGUUGGGCCAGGGCAGUGCAGCAGCAGAGGGGUGCCAAGGCAGGGCUGAGCGGGGAGGCCGCCGAGUGUGGGGGCGGCGGGGCGCGGAGCGGGGGCCCUGACGUGGGCGCACCUGAGCACAAACCGCGCAGCACCUCCCAUCAGCCACAGCAAGAGGUGGCUGUGCGGCCCAAGGAGACCAUUGUGAGCAAGAGGAAGGGCGUGUCGGGGGUGAGCGCGUCAGGGGUGCUGCGGCUGGGCGGAGGCGUGGCCCUGUCCCUGGACGACGGCCCCAAGGGUGCGUACAAAGCUAGCGGGUCCUCCUCCUCCGCCGGCGGCAAGGCCAAGCUGGCACAGAGCGGCAAGGGGUCGUGCGGAGGCCCGGGUGCGGCAGGGAAGCACCCCGCCGCCAAACGGCGCACCAGCAGCGAGGACAGCUCCCUGGAGCCGGACAUGGCCGAGCUGAGCCUGGACGACGGCUCCAGCCUGGCCCUCGGGGCAGAGGCGAGCAACACGUUCGACUUCCUGCCCCCCCCGCCGGAGAUGCUGCCCUCGCCCAGCCCGCUGCUCCGCGAGCCGCGCAAGUACGGGGCCGGGGCUAAGGAACGCGCGCUGGAGGCCAAGCGCGGGACGCACGCAGGGCUCCCGCUCCCGCACCCCCCCGACUCGGCUCGCUGCUUCCCCAGCGAGAGCCCUGGGGCGGGCGUGGACAAGGAGGCAGACGUGGAGGUGGAACUGGAAGAAAACGCGGACGAAGACCCCGCGGAGGACGCACGGCCCUCCGCGUCCGCAGCCAUUCCCGUCCCCGCUGCGCCCAAGCCCCCCCGGGGCCGCAGGGAAGGCGACGGUAGCGGCGCGGCAGGGACCCCGGGCCCCCAGGGUCCGGACCCAGCAGCAGGAGGGGAUCCGGUCGGCGAGGACGAUUAUCAGGCCUACUAUCUCGGCGCCGCCUCCGAGGAUGGGGGGGAGAGGGGGGUCCCCGACAGCAGUCACGAAGAGGAACCGGACAUCUUCGCCGGGAUCAAACCCCUGGAGCAGGAGGGCCGCAUGGAGGUGCUGUUUGCCUGUGCGGAGGCGCUCUACGCUCACGGCUACAGCAACGAAGCCUGUCGCCUGGCGGUGGAGCUGGCCAAGGAUCUGCUGGCCAACCCUCCCGACCUCAAGGUGGAGCAGCCGCAGACGAAGGGUAAGAAGAGCAAGGUGUCGACCAGCAGACAGACCCAGGUGGCCACCAGCACACUUUCCAAGGCCGCCUUCCUGCUCACGGUCCUCAGUGAGAGACUGGAGUUCCAUAACUUGGCCUUCAGGACGGGCAUGUUCUCCCUGGAGCUCCAGAGGCCACCUGCCUCCACCAAGGCUCUGGAGGUGAAGCUGGCCUACCAGGAGUCCGAGGUGGUGGCUCUGCUGAAGAAGAUCCCUCUGGGGGUGGUGGAGAUGGCUGCCAUCAGGGACAGGGCGGAGCAGCUGAGGGACGGCAACUUCUGCGACUAUCGGCCCGUCCUGCCCCUCAUGUUGGCUAGCUUCAUAUUCGAUGUUCUCUGCACCCCUGUGGUCUCUCCCACGGGCUCUCGCCCACCCAGCCGUAACCGUAACAACGAGAUGCCCGGUGACGAGGAGCUGGGCUUCGAGGCCGCGGUGGCAGCACUAGGAAUGAAGACGACGGUUAGUGAGGCAGAGCACCCUCUGCUGUGUGAGGGCACUAGGAGGGAGAAGGGAGACCUCGCCCUGGCCCUGAUGAUUACCUACAAGGAUGACCAGAGCAAGCUGAAAAAGAUUUUGGACAAGCUCCUGGACCGGGAGAGUCAGACUCACAAGCCCCAAACCCUGAGCUCCUUCUACUCCAGCAAGCCGGCCGCCGGCAGCCAGAAGAGCCCGUCCAAGCACGCUGCGGGGGGCGCGUCCAAACACGCGGCGCCGGCAGCGAGUGGGGGCUCGGCCUCCGCGCAGGGCGCGGCCAGCGGUGGGGCGGGGGGGCAGCAGGGCGGGAUGGCGGGUAACGGGGUUCAGAGUGUGGCGGCGGGAGAGGCUGCGGGCGAGAGCCGCGAACAAGAUGGGGCUCAGUCCUCCUCGUGUGAGCAGCAGAGGGGACAGGAUGAGGCGGCGCCCUUUAAGACCGAGGGCACGGUGCCCAGCCGCCUGGCGCUAGGCGGGCGCGGGGCCUACGGAACCCGCUGCUGGGGCUCACCUGUGCGGCAAAAGAAGAAGCAUACAGGCAUGGCGAGCAUCGACAGCAGCGCCCCCGAGACGACCUCGGACAGCUCCCCCACGCUCAGCCGACGCCCUCUGCGAGGUGGUUGGGCGGCUGCUUCCUGGGGGAGGGGUCAAGACAGCGACAGCAUCAGCAGCUCGUCCUCCGAUUCACUGGGCUCCUCGUCAUCCAGCGGGUCACGCAGGGCAGGGGGUGGAGCCAGAGCCAAGAGCACCGACACCAGCAGGUAUAAAGGUCGGCGCCCCGAGUGUCACGCGCCCCACGUGCCCAACCAGCCGUCCGAGGCGGCCGCCCACUUCUACUUUGAGCUGGCCAAGACGGUGCUGGUGAAGGCAGGCGGGAACAGCUCCACCUCCAUCUUCACUCAGCCUUCUGCCAGUGGGGGCCACCAGGGGCCCCACCGCAAUCUGCACCUGUGUGCCUUCGAGAUAGGCCUAUACGCCUUGGGCCUGCACAACUUUGUGUCUCCCAACUGGCUGUCCAGGACGUACUCCUCCCAUGUUUCCUGGAUCACAGGCCAAGCUAUGGAGAUUGGCAGCGCUGCCCUCAACAUUCUUGUAGAGUGCUGGGAUGGGCACCUCACCCCUCCGGAGGUGGCAUCGUUGGCAGACCGGGCGUCCCGGGCGCGGGACCCCAACAUGGUGCGCGCUGCGGCGGAGCUGGCGCUCAGCUGCCUCCCCCAUGCCCACGCCCUGAACCCCAACGAGAUCCAGAGGGCGCUGGUGCAGUGCAAGGAGCAGGACAACGUGAUGCUGGAGAAGGCGUGUAUGGCGGUAGAGGAGGCGGCCAAGGGAGGGGGCGUGUACCCCGAGGUGCUCUUUGAGGUGGCCCACCAGUGGUACUGGCUGUACGAGCAGACCGUGGGCGGAGGCUCGGCGGGUCAGCGCGAGGCCCCCAGCCGCUGCGGGGCCAACGGUGGGCCGGGACGCAGACCCCCGGAGACCGGCUGCGGCGUGCUGGACGGCGCCGGCAUGGACGCGGCCGGUGUGGCCACCGUGACGGCAGCGGUGACAGCAGCCGCUGUAGUGCCCGUCAUCUCGGUGGGCUCCAGCAUCUACCAGUCGCACGCGCUGCCCGGCACGGCAGUGGCCCACCCUCAGGGCCUGCACCCCUACACCACCAUCCAGGCUCAUCUACCCAGUGUGUGCACCCCCCAGUACCUGGGCCACCAGAUCCAGCACGUCCCACGCCCCGCUGUCUUCCCCGUGUCUGGAUCCACCUAUCCGCAAGUGGGUGUGGCAUCCUUGCUCUCCCAGGGAAUGCACUCCGCCUUUAUCGGAGCGCCGUACCCGUUCUCUGUGGCCUCUGGUCCUCACCCCCCCAUGGCAGCAACUGCAGUCACGUUCCCAGGGGUUCCUGUACCGUCCAUGACUCAGAUCGCUGUCCACCCGUACCACGCAGCUGACGCGGCCCUGCCCCUCAGCACUACGGUGGCAGUAGGCGGAGUUCACUCAGGCUCCACCAUUCAGGCCAUACAGGGAGCCACGCUUCCUGGCCUCUCCUCUCAGCCCGCCUCAUUGGUUAGCACGCCUUUUCCUGUGGAAGAUGAGCAGCACAGUCAGCCAAUCAGCCAGCAGGGACUGCACUACCUGCAUUCGGCCUACAGAGUUGGUAUGCUGGCCUUGGAGAUGCUGGGCAGGAGGGCUCACAACGACCAUCCCAAUAACUUCUCCCGUAGCCCCCCUUACACGGAGGACGUCAAGUGGCUGCUUAGCCUCGCUGCGCGGCUCGGGGUGAACUACGUCUACCAGUUCUGCGUGGGGGCUGCCAAAGGUGUGCUGAGUCCGUUCGUCCUGCAGGAGAUCAUCAUGGAGGCCCUGCAGAGGCUGAACCCCGCCCACAUCCACGCGCACCUGCGCACCCCCGCCUUUCACCAGCUGGUGCAGCGCUGCCAGCAGGCUUACCUACAGCGUACUGAAAGCCUGAGGUUCAACCUGCUGAUGUUCCGCUUGCAGUGAGUGACUUGUAUACCAGGUAUGGCCAAUGCUUCUCUCCUGCUCAUGUCUUCCCCAGGGGUAUUAAUGCUAUGAGCCAUUGACGUAGCAUGACACACCCAAUAUUGAACAACUCAUUUUGUCUUUUAUCCUUUCGAUUUUACUCAUCUAGAAAAAUCAGUCCAGUAGACAUGGCUAUUGUUAAUUAAACGGGUUCCUAUGCGUUCCUGAAAUGGGCGGGGCAAGUUGCAACACGGGUCUCUUUGCGAGUGAGCCAUUACUGAUGACCGCUGCAGUCACGCCUCCCAAAACAGAGCAAGGCCGCAACACUAGUGGUUGGCCGAUAUGUGGAGACGAUAAUUGGCCGUUUGUGUGAUGUCUGUGAGCCAGCCGUGUCUAGAGUAGGAUUGCUUUGGUAUUUACUCUUCUGUCUAGCUUGUCAGUGAUGUUUAACGUGAAGCUUGCUACACUGUGUACCCUGCUAAACAGAAAAACCAUGGCGCUCACCUUGCAUUGGUCUAAACCGAAAUGCUUCUGGUGACUGAGACCGUCACUUAGGAAGGACCAAAGCUGGCUCUCUGGACCCGUGCUCAGAGCUCACGUUUACCCCCGUCAGUCCAGUGUACGAAUCCCGGGGAGAGUGGCUGUCUCCAGCGUUGGUUACACGUGGUUUCAGAAGCGGGAUGGUGGUGAGGCUAUAGGGAGCAUGCCCUGGGUUGAUGAUGGUGUAGCCUUGCGUGAGGACCCCUGAUGAGGGGCAUGGGUGUGGCCCUGAUGAAAGGGCAGAUGUGUGUGGAUGGACAUUUGGAUAGACGGGUUAAACAGGUGCUCUGGCUGCUAUGCCAGUGAGCUGCUCUUUGGUCUGGUGGUCAGAGCUCACGUUUACCUCCCGUCAGUCCAGGGUUCCAGUCCUAGGUAGGGUGGCUUCUUUCGUUUUUGUUACUAUAAAUGAUUUUGAAUUUCUGUUACUGUUGGAUUCCAGUUGCUAAACUGUUGAGUUGAAAUGUUUUUCAAGCCUACUGUCCAAGUGUAAGGUGGUAUACACUAUACAACAGACUACUUAUGCUUACUUAUGCAGGUUAAUUCUAACAGUCUUUAAUUGAAGUGAUGUUUGUUUGCAAGUUAUAAAGUAAAAUGCUGGUAUGCAUUAUUUAUUUGUUUUACUAUUUCAUAUUCAAGGAGAAUAUUUUCUUGCUUGUUCCCAAUUUCUUAUUUGACUAUCAGUAGCAGUUUACUCUAUAAAUCGUAUGGUUCUUUUAAUCAGUAAUAUUUUAUAAUUUUAGUGUUAGGCAGUUCUCAUUUUUAAUGGACUAUUGAAAUAUGGUAUAUCAUCUUAUAUCGAUAUUGUCAUCGGCCCCUAAAAAGUCGAUAUUGAUUGAAGAGUGUAGCAGUCUUAAAUCUUUGGGAUUGGGUGCCUGGAUCAAGAGUAAAGUGUUUGUGACCUGAAGGCCGGGAAUUUCAGAAUGUUUGUGUACAUGCGUGAAUCCCCUCAUCACCACACCACCAGGUUCCAUUCACAGAGGACGUCUGCACAUCCGAGUUGCGCCAAGUAGAGAUCGUGAGGAGUGUUUCCUUUCCGGUCGCGUGCAGUGCCCAUGGAUGGUGCAUGACGGCAGAGAGUGGAGUCCGAGUACGCUCAUAGGAAGGACAUUCCACAGGCUUCACAGUUCUGCAGGAGAGCAGAGGGAGAAGGGAAGCAGGCCACAGAGAGGAAGAUUGAGGGUCUCUCUCACAUUCUUGUUCACUGUAGAGAGAAUAUUUGGCAAUCUCUGUCUUCCCUCCCCUCACACAGCAGUAUCAUAGCUGCUGUCCUAGCGGUAUCAUAGAUCUCAUAGCAGCCUGAUGGUUGGAGAUUUUGACAGUCGUAUUACACACCGUGCAAAUUUACACCAAUUUGUUAACAUGGAGAGGAGACACUGAUGCAAAUUCACGAUCAUGGUACCCGGGGGAUGUGUUCGAGCAGAGAUCUGCCAUGACUGACGCGAGAGACUUGUUUGCUAAGUGGCUUGUGGGAUAAGUGUACUGGAUGCGGUCUGUCCCUGUUGAAACGUUGGCAUUUGAUUUAGGCUGCAUUUAUUUUCCCCUCUGACGAACGCUCUGAAGCUCCCGUCACCGGGCCGUUUGAUGAGCAGAUCGUUCGGAGAUCCGAGCCCACCGAGCUGUGCUUUAGACCUCUGCUCCUCU